GUGACUUUGUCUCGCAACUAGCAUACUUCUGAUUCCAUGUCGUCUCAGACCGAUUGCAGGAAUUGGCUCAUUCGUCACACACCAUAAGCGCUUUACAAUGCCGAAAGCCAAGUUACGGACGAAAACUGGAUGCUCUACCUGCAGAAGGCGUAGAGUGAAAUGCAGCGAGGAAAAGCCGACAUGCCGAAACUGCGUUGCUUCAAGUCGCGGGUGUGUAUGGCCAUCUUCCAACGACAUGUACGACAGACGUCAUCGCUCUCGUCGAUCUUGCUCCGAUGAUAGGACCCUGCCAUCACCGUCUCCACGCAGCGAAGACUCCAUCAUCGCUUUGGAGCUACGAGAGUCACCGGAUCUCGAACAGGAGCUUACUCGCCACUAUUUCAACGUUUUUCUCUCAGUACUGUUGCUCCCCACUGUCAGGGAGAGUGACUUGGAAGGCUAUGGGUCGCAGGUGAUGAGUAUGAUGCAUCGCUCGGAAAGCGUCAAGUGCGCCGUCCUGGCUGCAUGCGCUUCUAAUAAGUACAUGCUUCAGAGGUCAAGGAAGUACCAUGACGCAGCAUUGGGUUACUAUUUCCGCGCCGUGGAAUUGGUCAACCGAGCUCUUCAUGACUUGAGUGCAACCGCCAAGGGCCCGGACGAUCCCCUACUGACUACUGUUGUAUAUCUCUACUUAUAUGAUAUGUGGGGGCCGCCCGACGAGACUCUGGAUGCAAGAAAGCAUGUCGACGGCGCCAUGAAUCUGCUUAAGCUCCGAUACGAGGACACUGGCUCACCCAUGUCGAUGUCACGCCCACUACACCGAAUCAAUACCGAGAGCGUGCUCUAUCAAGCAUUUCUACUUGCAAUGCGAAGACCAUUCGCGCCCAACUUUCACGUCGACGAACAGUUCCUAGAUCGAUCCGAACACGUCUUGAACGCGAGGAAGCUCAUCGACAUAUUAUCCGAAGAUGAUAGCCCUGUGUUAGGCUUACCAUUGCCACUGUACCGUCUGAUAACAGACCUCAUUGACUUUCUCAACUCACCCAAGCAUCCCACUGAAGCUUUCCUUACUCGGAUGAGAGAAGAGAUUGAUACAUGGGAAGGCUUUGUCUUGGUCGAAGAUACAGCAGCCGACUACCCUCCAUCCCUGACAAGCUUUCACAAAGACGCUGCAACUCUUUUUGUUUUAGGCGCGUCACUACUACUAGACUACAUCUCAGAGUCCUCUUCUUCUUUGUCUCCGUUAGCGACUCAGGGCCCAAAGAUUUCUCACCUCAGCUGGAGCCCAUCGCAAGAAACAUCAAACAUUCCUAGGUGGCAAGUGCAACGUGCAUUCGAGAUUCUUCGCCGACCAGCUGCGUACGAAACUUGGACUCGAUGCUUCUUGGGAGCUUGGCCAAUGUUGAUCCUGGGGUACUCCGUUACCUUACCCGAGGACAUCUCAUUGAUUCGACGUGUUUUGAACCAGAUGGUAGAGCGCAUGGGGUAUGGAGAGAUCCAAAGGAUCCUCGACGAUCUAGAAGCAGUAUGGACUGUACGAGCUGGUUUUCCAACAAAGAAUUCGGGUGGGCCUGCAAUCAAUCGAGAGUCUCUGGGACCUCGUGCUAUUGAAAGAACUUGUGUGAUCUGAUGAUGUAUGAAAUAGGCAUGGAAUAACGAGACCUAGAUCAACAUAGAUGGUUGUUAAACACUGUUCUGUGUAGACAACGCUAAUGCCCCCUUCAUAUUCUACAGCAAGAAUGAACGACAAGUACAUGGUCUCAGCCGCUUGCAAGCCACUCAAUGACUUAGGCC